CUGUCUAGGGAUAUAUUUUAUGGAGGACUCUCCAAAAAUAUCUUCAUGCGUCACCAUUUUUGAUCGAAAUCUUAAUCUUACAUUUUUAUGUGUUUCUUGUUUGUAUAUUCCUCUAAUGUUACAUGAAUUAUUUCACCCUUCAAGGUAUUGAUCUAUUAAUGGUGUUGGAUCGGCCGAGGUUGUGAAGGAAUUGUUUAUUUUUGAAAAAUGGGCAGGAAAAAGAAGAAGUUAUCUAAACCAUGGUGUUGGUAUUGUAACAGGGAAUUCGAAGAUGAGAAGAUCUUAAUUCAACAUCAAAAGGCUAAACAUUUCAAAUGUCACAUUUGUCAUAAAAAAUUGUACACAGGUCCUGGGUUGUCCAUACAUUGCAUGCAAGUGCAUAAGGAAACGAUAGAUAAGGUUCCUAACUCCUUGCCUAAUCGGUCCAAUGUUGACAUUGAAAUAUAUGGAAUGGAGGGAAUACCUGCGGCUGAUUUAAGAGAACAUGAACGACAAAAACAAGGAAGUAGAAACGAUUCUGGUUCUGAAGAUGAUGAGCCUGCGUUAAAACGGUCAAAACCUGAAGGACUACUGGGAAGUUCACCUGGACUUGUGCAAGGAAUGCCUGGAAUGAUUACAGGAAUGAUGGGACCUCCUGGAAUGCAAAUGGGACCAAUGAUGUCUAUGGGACCAGUAGGAUCACAUUUUUUGCAUCACCCUGGGAUGCCAAUGAUGGCAGGUCAUAUGCAAGCAAUGCUUCAUGGACAAGGAGGUCCUCACAAACCACUUUUUCCCAGUGCCAUUCCUAGUACAUCCCCUGGGGGACGUGGUACCCCCGUAGUCGGUGCUGAUUUCAAACCAAUAACAUCAGCUGCUACCAUAAGUGCUCCUCCGACUAGUAAUGCAGCAGGUAGUAGUAGUAAUAUCAACAGUGAUGGCAACAAAGUAGGUACAAUCAACACUUCCAGUGCCACCAGUAAAAUCGUACACCCCUCGGAAGAUAUCUCCCUAGAAGAAAUGAAAGCAAGAAAUGUUAAAUAUUCUAGGAACAUUCCUUCAAAAUCAGAUGAUGGAUCAUCAAAUUCAAGUACUGCUGCUUCAGAAUUGGCAAUCGCAGUUUCUGCAGCUCAGCAAGCAGUAGCUCAUCAACAAAAGCAGGUGGAGGCAAUGAACCAUCAUGCUGCCAUGAUGCAGAGAUUUCCAGUUAGAGUAACAGGCCCACCAAUUGGAAUGACAAUGGGCGGACCUAUAAUGGCUCCAAUGCGGCAUCAGAUGAUACCGGGCCACCCCACACUCAUCGGAGGACCUCUAAUGAGGCCUCCUAUGUCGAUGCCUCCAGGUAUGAUCGGAAUGCCACCAAGUAUGAUGUAUAGUGCUCCUAUGUUUCCAGCAGGACCAGUUAUCAUGCAGCAUCGUUUUAGAUGAUCUCCAAUUUACUUUUUGUAUCAUCCACAGGUCUAAGAAUGAUUUCACUUUUUAAAACUGAGUAAAACACAUUUUAUCCGAUUUUUCCCAGGAAGGGUGUAGACUAAAGAGUAGCUUUUAUCAAGUCAAAUAAAAUUUAUCCGUGUUAUCAAUCAAUAUGUUCACUGAUUCAUUAAUAAUUGUAUUUAAUUUUUUUUAACAGGUUUCAAAAAGUACUAAUUGUAUUACCUGAUGAAAUGGUAUGUAAAUUUUUUUCAUUUUAAAGUAAUCAUUGACGUGUACCUUCUGAAUGAAGACAAGGUUUGUUUCAUUAUUAUUCUAGCACGAAAAAUGUUGGUUUCCAUGCCACUAUUUGCAGGGAAGUUAUGAUCUUCUGGGAUAAAAAAAUGUUGAGAGAGAAUUCAUAAAUCUUCUGUCGUGUGAACCUGCAAUUUUGAGGCAGGAAAAUUUGAAAAAUCAAAUUUAUUUCAAACGGUUCAUUCGUGAUACGCCUUGUGAAAAAAUCGAAAUGAGAAAUUUAAUUUUGAACUGCAUUUUAAAUGUGUGAGAGAGAAGUAUAAGUCAUUUGUUCAACAAAAGAUUAGUGCCAUUAUAAAUCGUUUCAGAACUAGAUAUGAUAAUUGCUUGGAUGUAAAUAUUGUUUCUUUUUAUUUUCCUGUAUUUUUGAACAUUGCAUUUGCAUACAAUUAACUUUCCUAUUUAAUGAAAGGUAGAACUAAAAACUCUGACGUAGAAUAAAUCCAAAACAAGAACUGCUCCCAAACAUUAGUACUCCAACACUCUUCUCGACGUGAGUUUUACCAACCAAUUUGGCGGUAUCAGGAGAUGAAGUAGGCUUAAUCCUAACUCUGGCCUCUAAACCAGACUUUUAGAGACACGUCAAUGAUUUCAGGGAGGGAAAUUUCCUCGUAAAAGUUCCUUAUUAAUAGAGUGAGUCGUAUAAAUGAAUUGCUCAGAGAGAUUUCAUAAAUGUAAAUGAAUCACUUCGUUAAAAAAUUGCGGAAACUUUCAUUAGGAAAUUUUUUUCCGUUCUCGACCCGAAAUCAUUGAUGUGAAUCUAUGUAUAUGUGAAAAUGAAAGUGUACCCUGUGAGAUAUAAAUGAAGGCCAGGUUCAGAGGUUUUUCCAAUUUCUUGGGAGCUUUUCUUUCUUUUCAGUCUCCGGAAAAAGCUGCAGCGUCAAAGGCUUAUUGCGUUUGAGUCUAGAAUUAGUCUACUUCAUCUCUCUUGAAGACGCUGAGUUGGUUGAUAAAACGGGCGUUGAGAAGAGUUUGGCAGUUCUUCUAUUUGGGAGUAGUUCUUGUUUUGGAUUUUUCUCCAUGUUUGAUAUUUUAUGAUAACCUUUUUUUGUUUUCAAUUUUAUUUUGCACUUUUGAGACUGGGGCUGUUUUUGCGUGCAAUUCAUACAUCUACUGUAAUUAUAAGAUUAAACUUUUUCAUUUUUCUCAUAUUUUUUAUGAAUCUUGACAUUUGUUUAUGCCCAGUACUGCAAUCAUUGUCCGUGUUGCUUUUUUUGUGUCACUUCAUUUGAUAUGAAGGUAAGGUCAUCGUUUUCCAUAUUAUUGUAUAUUUUCUCCUCUAGAAUAACAAUUUAAAUCGUUAGAAGUCGUGGAUUGAUUUUGUGUAAUCACCAAAAUGCAUUGGGAAAACGAAAAGGUAGGUCAAUAAAUUUUCCAAGUAGAGCUUUAUUUGGUCUGCCCAAUGAGACAAUUAAAAAGGUACAGUGAUUAUUUGUAAUAAGCUGAAGGGAAUGGGUUAUACAUUUCAUCUAUCCACCUGAAUAGAAUAUAUAUUUAUGCAAUAUGGAAAGUUUCUGGAACAUAAAAGAUCUUAAAUAAACGUGAACUUUGAAAUAACCAAGAUUUUUUUCUCAAUGUCAGCAGUUCAGUUGAAGUGUUUUCAAUCAAAAGCUUGCAUUGCUGAGGAACACUAUUUUGACGAAUGAAACAUACUAAGUUUCACGAUAUACCAAUAUUACUGCCUUAACACUCUUCUAAGAAAUAUUCUUACUCAUGCUCGAGAUCUGGGCAUAUAAUUUCCAACUAAAGUUUCAAGUUUUCACGGCUGGAAGUAAAAUGGGAACCGGUUAUCCGGGUUGGGUAGCAAUGGCCCAAAGGCUCCUAAAAUUUCGCCCAUAAUUACGAUAGCAUCUUCAGCAUUGGUUGUAUUGCAACCUCUUAGUUGGCAAACUUGAUGAAAAUCCAUAACAUAUUCAAAAAACACUUUAUUGUGAGCUUUUUUCUAAACAGUUUAACAAAAACACAACACGUGUUUCGCUAAAUAAUAGCUUCUUCAGGUGUGUUAGUUCUAUAGAAAAAUUAUACUAUAUUUGGAAAAAACAUCAUGUUUAGUACGUAAUAUUUUCCAGCACAAUUUUUCAUUGGUAACUUUCCAUAAUGUGUACAUUAUAUAAGCCCACUAAAUGUUGAACUUUGUAUUUGCUUAAAAAAAAAAAAAAUUGUAUGGGAAAUUUCAAAAAUGACAAGUGCAAAGUUGUUUGCUUUGAAUGAUGGGAUAAUGACAGCUAAGAAAAGUAUGUUUUAUCAUCUACUGUCAGAGUUUUGCAUUCAGUGGACUUGUUAUUCUUCUAUUGCUUCAAUAACUGCAAAAAUUUGAACAAGGUCAAAAGAAAUUUCGUGAAACGAGAACCGUGAACAAAUUCUGUGAAAUUAUAUUGCAGUUAUUUUGUGCAUAAUAUGCUAACUUAUGAUUAUAUAGAGACUCGUAGGGAGACAGGUGAUUAACAGUCACAGCUUUGAAGCUGUUGGAUUGAUGAACCCCCUGUAUAAUUUUAUGUUGCAAGAUAUUCUCAUUUCUUUACGAUAUAUUUUGAGGACUUCUUUAUAUGAAAUUGUGUCUAGUGAAUAUCUUAGUCUUAUUGAAAUGUUAUAGAAACAGUGCCCAAUAAUUGAUCUUGUAAUAUAAAAUUAAUACAGGUGAUUAAAGGUCGCAGCCUUUUAGACUUUACACUAUUUAUAAUCGUGCUGUUGGGUCCAUCAAUUCCCUGUCAAAAUAAUGUGGCUUCUGGCAGGCGAUUGCUAUUAGUUCGAACUAAUUGCAAUCACAGGUUCGUACCUGUUGGACCAGAUUAGAUAUAACAAGGAAUUCAAACUGAUCAUAAAGUUUUUAUUAGAUACAUAGUUUCUUGAUGAAUGCUUCCUUGCAAUGUUCUACAUUUCAUUACCAUUGACGGAAAUUGAAGUUAUCUAUCGAUCUGGACCCCUGUUAUACAUACUGCACUAAUGUAUUCAUUUAAAGUAGUUUGAAGUUUCAAAAUAUUCUAUAUAAUAUCUGUAAUGGCACCGUUUUCUUGCAAAUAAAGGUGAUUUGAAAACA